AUGUUUUUCCUUUAUAACUUGGAACGUAAGGUCACCUUGCACCCUUCUUUCAUGGGCCGCAACAUGCACGAGCUCGUGACGGGCAAGCUCCUGAAGGAUGUCGAAGGCACAUGCGCUGGCAGCUACUUCAUCAUUUCCAUCAUGGAUGCUUUCGAAAUUUCCGAAGGACGAAUCCUCCCUGGUCUUGGUAUGGCCGAGUUCACUGUGGGAUAUCGAGCCGUGGUAUGGCGGCCGUUCAAAGGCGAGACGGAGUCUGACUUGACUCAGGUUGAUGCUGUUGUCCACUCUAUAAACCCGCAAGGCUUCUUCGCUCAUGCGGGGCCCCUGCAGCUUUUUGUGUCGGCUCAUUUGAUCCCGAACGACGUUAAGUGGGAUCCUAAUGCCACGCCACCUCAAUUCACCAACAACGAGGAUACCGUUAUCGAACCACAGACGCACGUUCGAGUGAAGAUCAUCGGCACUAGAACAGAAGUUGGCGAGAUGUGGGCCAUUGGAAGCAUCAAGGAGGAUUACCUGGGAUGUCUUCAGGCCUCUUAG